AUGUGGGUUCAUGUUUAUAUUACUCCCCAUGAUCCCUGCACAAUCAAGGGCAGUCCAUCCUCACACCACUCUUGGCAGCGUGGACUGACUUUUGGAGUAAUUUGGACACGCGGGCACUUACAGAUGGGCUCACAUGUGCUGCCUCUGGGACUUUCCGAGCAGCGCGAAGACUGGCAUGAGACAGUUGUAUCGAUAGGAGCUGCUUCACCCGCUACUCGAUUUGGAACAAACACUUGUCUCAACACUUCCCGAUCGGACCACCCCCCCCAGAGAGUCGAGACCCACCAUCAACAUAUAUACCCUCCCAGCUUGCUCCCCAGAGUCCAACACGCUAUCACGAUGUCCGGAAACAACAGCUCCUUUAACUCCCCCACCAUGAACGACUGCGAGCCAAACGAUGCCCGAGUCGAAGGCUACGAGCCCCUUAUCUCUCCACUUUUGCUGCGCUCCGAGGUCCCAGUUAGUUCGCGCUCUUGGAGUACCAUUCGCCAUGCCAGAAGAGCCUGCGCAAAGGUCAUCUCCCGUCAGGACGACCGUUUAAUCGUUAUCGUUGGCCCAUGCUCAAUACACGAUACCGAUCAAGCGCUCGAAUACGCCAGACUGCUGAAACCUCUUAUGUCUGAGCUCCCAGACCUAGUGAUCGUCAUGCGAUCGUACUUUGAAAAACCCCGGACAAUUGUCGGGUGGAAAGGCCUGAUCAAUGAUCCUGACCUCGAUGGCUCAUUCAAGAUCAAUAAAGGGAUGCGCAAAGCAAGACAAUUACUUAGUGAUCUCACCGAUCUCGGGGUCCCCGUUGGCGUCGAGUUACUGGAUACUAUCAGCCCGCAGUUCCUAUCAGAUUUGAUUUCAUGGGGAGCAAUCGGAGCGCGAACGACCGAGUCACAACUACAUCGAGAGUUGGCAUCAGGAACGUCGCAUCCGAUCGGGUUCAAGAAUGCGACGGAUGGCGGGGUGGGCGUGGCGAUCGAUGCGAUGCGCUCGGCCAACUGUCCCCACUCGUUCCUCGGCGUCAACGACCAAGGCUUGGCCAGUAUCGUCAAAACGACCGGAAACGUCGACGUUCACGUGAUCCUUAGAGGCGGGGGCUCGAAGCCAAAUUACGACGCCGAAUCCGUCAAGCUCGUCCGGGAAGCUAUCACUAAAGCUCGGCCCGAGACUCCAGCUGCUAUCAUGAUCGAUUGUUCUCAUGGCAAUUCGCUCAAGGAUCACCGAAAUCAGCCCAAAGUUGUCGCUGAGAUUUGCCAGCAACUGAACGCCGGCGAUCGCUCGAUCGUCGGAGUGAUGAUCGAGUCUCACAUCAACGAAGGCCGCCAAAACAUCCCAGCCGAAGGACCCAGCGGAUUGAAACAUGGUGUCUCCAUCACCGACGCUUGUAUCGAUUUUGAGACCACCGUCAAGGCCCUCAAAGACCUCCAAGCCGCUGUCGUUGCUCGCCGGAACUUGGGAACCGCCAAUGGCACCUCUCAUUAG